AUGUACCAACCAACAACAACCUACUUCGAUGAUGAUGCCUCUGCGAAACAAGAAGACCCUAUCGACUCACCUCACCAACUCCACGCACCAUCGAAGCAGCCCAUGCAAGCACGAAGUACCGAAACACCACUAAUCAACGACAAAGAACAAGAACAAGAACAAGAACAUCUACAACAUCUACAACAACACCACCAAUCAUACCACCAACAAUACCACCAACUCCACGCACCAUCGAAGCAGCCUAUGCAAGCACGAAGUACCGAAACACUACUAAUCAACGACAAAGAACAAGAACAAGAACAAGAACAUCUACAACAUCUACAACAACACCACCAAUCAUACCACCAACAAUACCACCAACACCCUCUCUCAUCUCAACCGCCAUCAUUACCACAACCACAACCACCAUCCUUCCCAUCCACCUCAUCCUUCCCAUCCACCUCAUCCACCUCAUCCUUCCCAUCCACCUCAUCCUUCCCAUUCCCCCCAUCCUUCCCAUCCACCUCAACAAUCAGCCCCACCUCCACCUCCCCCUCCCCCAAAGACCCCAUCUCCUCAACAACCCACUUCAUCUCCACCACCUCCCUCUCAAUCAUAACAUCCCUCAACACCCGCUGCUUCGACCUGACAUGCCCCACUCUCCCGUGGAUCCACUUCCUCCCGGAAACUCUGAUCCAACUCUCCACCGACGCCCACGUACUCACUCUGCCCGAGAUUUUCCACUUGUGGGAAAGCAUAUAUGCGCAGAAUCCGGAUUAUCAUUUGUCAGUGGAAGAUUAUGAUACAAUUGUGGAUUGGGAGGCGAAACCUCCUGUUGCAGAGGUGUUUUUGAAUUUGAAUAAACAUGGUUGGCCGGUGGGCGUCGUGAGGCCUGUGGUGUUGAAGGUGCUGUGGAAGUUUGUGGUGGGGAGGGAAAGGUGGAUGGUGUGGGAUGUUCAUGCUGUGGAAGGGCCGGGGGGUAUUCAUGCGAUCUGUUAA